GCGUAGGUGGAGAAAAGCAGGGCUAGAAUUGGAACCCAAAGCCCAGAAUGGCAGGAGAGGAUGUGGGGGCUCCACCCGAUCACCUCUGGGUUCACCAAGAGGGUAUCUACCGGGACGAAUACCAGCGCACGUGGGUGGCCGUCGUGGAAGAGGAGACAAGUUUCGUAAGGGCACGAGUCCAGCAAGUUCAGGUUCCCUUAGGUGACGCAGCUAGGCCAAGUCACCUUCUUACCUCCCAGCUACCUCUCAUGUGGCAACUCUACCCUGAGGAGCGCUACAUGGAUAACAACUCUCGCUUGUGGCAGAUCCAGCAUCAUUUAAUGGUCAGGGGAGUACAGGAGCUGUUGCUUAAGCUUUUGCCUCAUGAUUAACCUGGUGCUGGGAUUCUAGGAAGAUAUGCUCCUCUGUUCUGUUCAGUAUAUGGCAAUCACUUCAUCCACCACUGCAGUACACCCACCUGUGGGCCUGGGGGGAGGGAGUGGGUUGAAAAACUGCUCAAGAACACAGAAGUUUAGGAAGGGUCAUGAAGAACACCACAAGUGGAACUGCAGAGAGAGGGUUAUACAGGCAGAAAGCCAGUCAACAAAAGCACUUAGUCAGGAUACGUAACUUGAAAUUGACUCCUUUGGAAAUUGCCAUAGAACCUUUAAUGGACAUCAUCAGCUGGAACUGGGAUCUGAUGAAUCCCACAAAAGUCAGCACCUGCUACAGAACAGAUGCCCUGAUCACCAAGGACUUGGUACUGAUUUAGAGAGAAGAGAGCAGCUCCUAGCAGCAUCAACAUCUAUUUGUCGCUUAUUUGCCCUGCAGCAAUUCACCUGCCUUUCCUUCUCCCAUCCUGUAAAUAUCCUAGGUUUUGCUCCAGUGUUUCCCAUCCCAGUACUGACCUAACUUGGAUCUACUGAGAACUUAGGGGGCUCUGAAAAAAAAACAAAACAAAAAAAGGAGGUUAUUUGCAUUAAUGAAAUUAGCUACAAAGGCUCCUGUGCCUUUUUCCUUUCUGAAAUUGUCUUCAAAUUAUUAGAAGUUGCUGAUCAAAAUCGUGGGCACUUAAAUUCAUUCUAUGGUUACAGAUAUUUUAAAUAAGUUGGUUUCUGUAAGAGCUCCAAAAAACAUUUUAGCUGCUUAAUUAGCACCUUUCCCAGGAAGUGAUAAUAACACCCAAUAUUGCUGACUCCUAGGAAAGAAUUUACUACCUGAUAAAGAAUUUCCUGAGUUAAAAUAGUCGUAACAGUUUAUAUACAUUAAAAGUAAGGUUUUACUUUUUUAAAAAUCUUGGAAAUAACAGCUACCAUGUAUUGAAUCCUUACUGCCUUCCAAGCACUAUCCUAUGCACAUUAUAUACUUUAUCACAUUUAACCUUUCCAUCAAUGCUUUGAGGUAGGUAUGAUCCCCAUUUUACACAUGAGUAAUAAGGAAAAAGGCUCAAGGAGUUGAAUCAUUUACCAAGGGUGGUUCUGUGACUGAUAGUGCUGGGCAGAUCCGUCCAGAGUCGGCUCCUCUAGCCCAAUGUUGGUUUACGAUAUUCAAGAUGAGUUGAUUGAAUUCAAGGGUUUUCUUUUUUCAUGUAAAGCUAUUUAUAUCUUCCAAAUCGAAUGAAAUGGAUGUUAUAAAAAUAUAGUUGAUUCAUCCUAUGAAUGGGAAGAGUAUUUUUUAAUGUAAUUGUUUUCCAGCAAUUGUAAGGGCAUACUGCUUGUCUCAGAAGAAAAUUCCAUCUACAGGGACUUUAAAGUCUUUAUGAAUAAAAGACAAAAUAAAAAUCAUUUUUCUUAUUUUAG